ACCCUCUGCAACAUUUACUCAUGAAUCCUAUGGGGAGAAAUUUUGGAAAAACUGAUCUAUUAUUUCUCUCUCUCUGUUCUCUAUUUGUGCUCUCUCUCAACAGUUAGAAUUUAGAGUCGGCGCCACGUCUCUCUAUUUCUUCUCGCACAAUUUCAUGGUGCCCGCAUUCCCCCAACCCCAACCCCAACCCUAACCCUAAAUUUUCGUUACUCAAAUUCUUUAUGGUAUUAUUGAGCUCAUCUAUAGUUCCAGACUGUCUCUCAAAGUGAUCGAUCACUCAACUCGAUUUCGAGCAGAACCUUCUCUGAACUUCGUUUUCAGCCAUGAAUAGCGUCUCACAGCUACAGAGAGAGUUAUAAUGAUAAGAAUUCUGGGUCUUGCGCAUUCAUUGCAUGGGUUUCAACGAUGCCCCAGCGUCCGAGAGGAGUACGCCGAGGCCGUGCUAGGAUAGAGCCCAACGCCGCAACUCGAAAUCAGGUGAAGACCCGUGCUGCUGCUGCGAGAGAAGCAGCUGCAGAGGCGGCUCGUGAGAGGCCUAGAACGAGGUUGGCAGCAAAAAGGUUAAGGAGGCAAGAGGAGGAGAAGGAGAAGGAGAAGGUGCAGGAGGAUCAGGUGAUUGUAAUAUCUGAGAGGGAUACCGAAUUGAAGUCAAAAAAGGCUAAGAAGGGUGAAAUGGCUGACAACAGUGGUGGGUUGAGUGCUAAUAAGGCGGGCGGUAAGGAGGAAGAGGGAAAUACCACUCCUUUCCCGGAGAAGGUUCAAGUUGGAGGGUCACCCACAUAUAAGGUGGAGAGGAAGUUGGGCAAAGGUGGGUUUGGUCAGGUGUUUGUUGGUCGUCGUGUCAGUGGUGGAAAUGAACGCACCACAGGUCCUGGGGCUCUGGAGGUUGCUUUGAAAUUUGAGCACAAGAACAGCAAAGGCUGUAAUUAUGGUCCUCCAUAUGAGUGGCAAGUGUACAACACCCUUGGUGGUAGUCAUGGAGUGCCGCGAGUGCAUUAUAAAGGAAAGCAAGGAGAAUAUUAUGUGAUGGUUAUGGACAUACUUGGUCCCAGCUUAUGGGAUGUAUGGAAUACGUCUGGACAAGCGAUGUCAUCGGAAAUGGUUGCUUGUAUUGCCGUUGAGUCCCUUUCAAUUCUAGAAAAGACACAUUCAAAAGGUUAUGUGCAUGGAGAUGUAAAGCCAGAGAACUUUUUACUUGGUCAGCCGUGUACAUUGCAAGAGAAGAAGUUGUUCCUUGUUGACCUUGGAUUAGCAACUAAGUGGAGAGAUGGUGGUAAUGGACGACAUGUUGAAUAUGAUCAGCGUCCUGACAUGUUUAGAGGAACUGUUCGAUAUGCAAGUGUUCAUGCUCACUUGGGAAGAACUGCCAGUAGAAGGGAUGAUCUUGAGUCUCUUGCAUACACACUCAUCUUCCUACAUCGAGGCAGAUUACCAUGGCAAGGUUAUCAGGGUGAUAAUAAAUCCUUCCUAGUAUGCAAAAAGAAGAUGGCAACAUCUCCUGAAGUGCUCUGCUGCUUCUGCCCGCCUCCCCUUAGACAAUUUCUGGAGAUUGUGGUGAACAUGAAGUUUGAUGAAGAGCCCAACUAUACAAAGCUGAUUUCUUUGUUUGAGGGUCUAUUGGGACCAAAUCCAGCUAUAAGGCCUAUAAACACCGAGGGUGCUCAAAAGAUCAUCUGUCAAGUUGGCCAAAAACGAGGCAGGUUGAUCACUGAGGAAGAAGACGAUGGGCAACCCAAGAAGAAAAUUCGUGUGGGAGUUCCAGCUACGCAGUGGAUUUCCAUUUACAAUGCUAGGCAACCAAUGAAACAGAGGUACCAUUAUAAUGUGGCUGAUGCAAGGCUCGCUCAGCAUGUCGAGAGAGGAACCUCAGAUGGUCUGCUUAUAAGUUGUGUGUCAUCUUGUUCCAAUCUUUGGGCCCUCAUUAUGGAUGCUGGAACUGGUUUUACGAGCCAAGUGUAUGAACUGUCACCCCUUUUCUUACACAAGGAAUGGAUUAUGGAACAAUGGGAGAAGAACUAUUAUAUUAGUUCAAUUGCUGGUGCCAGCAAUGGAAGCUCCCUUGUGGUGAUGUCCAAAGGCACUCAAUAUACUCAACAGUCAUACAAAGUGAGUGAGUCGUUCCCCUUUAAAUGGAUAAACAAGAAAUGGAGAGAGGGGUUUCAUGUGACAUCAAUGGCAACUGCUGGAGCACGGUGGGGUAUUGUCAUGUCUCGGAAUGCUGGAUUCAGUGAUCAGGUUGUGGAGCUUGAUUUUCUCUAUCCGAGUGAGGGCAUUCAUAAACGAUGGGACAAUGGUUAUCGAAUUACGGCAACUGCUGCUACUUGGGAUCAAGCUGCUCUCAUAUUGAGCAUCCCCAGGCGCCGACCUGGUGAUGAAACUCAGGAAACUUUGCGUACCACACAAUUUCCAAGCACGCAUGUGAAGGAAAAAUGGGCAAAGAAUCUCUAUCUUUCGUGUCUGUGCUAUGGGCGAACUGUAUCUUGACAUUUCGGAACCGUUUGCAAGGGGGGUAAAGAAGUAAAGGGAUUAUAGGGUCCUACUCUUCUGAGUUUUUCCCCUCAUUUUGUUUUAGUCAUGUUUAAUUGUAAAAUUUCCCACACAAGGUUUAUGACAAUGGAGAGUUGGACCUGCUAUGGAGAAUUGGAUUGUGACGCAUAUUCAGCUUUGUACAGACUUAUGGCCUAGUAUUUAUUCCCUUUGAGCUAUAGUUUUGGGACGUACUAGACCCAUGGUAGGAGACCUGUCCCUGUUUGGAAACCGUGAAACAGAGAGUUAUGGUUCGAAAUUAAUUAUAAGGCUAAUUAAAACAGUUACAUGCUUAUAUUUGAUAA